CGGCCGUCUGAACUCUGUUGUAUUCAAAUUUCAAAAUUUGAAAACCAGAAGAUAAAGAAAAAGAACACACAAGCAGGCAAGAGGAAGAGAAUGGCAUCAUCAUCAACAGCAGCAGGAGGAGGGAACAUGAAAGGUUACUUCAGGCAGAGGAAGAAGACCGGCGGUAUCACAAAGUCCAACUCCAAUUCUAAGUCUAAGAAAUCAUCGUCUCCAGACCACUCGGCGACUCUCGCCUCUGACAUUGCCAAGCCUUCCUCUCUCAUCUCCCAUGCUUCUCUCGAUCUUCAAGAUGAUUACGAUGGGAAUGAGGAGGUAUUGAGGCAAUUCGACAUGAACAUGGCGUACGGGCCUUGCCUCGGGAUGAGCAGAUUGGAUCGCUGGGACCGUGCCAAUGCUCUUGGCUUGAAUCCGCCCAAAGAUGUGGAGCGUCUCCUGAGAGUCGGCAAGCUUCACUCUGAAUGCUUGUGGGAUGGCCGCGUUUAGUGCGGUUUCCUUCUCUGCUCGUGUAGACUAUCCAGACUCUGUUUAUUUAUGAUGCUCUUUUUUUUUUUUUUGGGUUUCCGAUAAUUCGGUUUGUGUCUGCACUACUACUGCUCGUAGUCCACCGUUUGUAUGUCCUGAUCUGGAACUUUUUAUCUACUGUCACAUCUUUUGUCUACAAAUGGUGAUAUCGUGAUUUCUUAUGUGAUUAUCCAUACUGACUUGCUGCUACUCUGAUUUACUCACAAUUUUCUACCCGUUAGUACAAAAACGAGUUAAUUGAG